GAAGGAUAUAAUAUAUCUGUCCAUGCUGGAUAUUGAUGGUUUCAUUACGUAAAUCUUUCAGCAGAAGGGAGGCGUCACUGAUGGAGAGAGACAAAAAACUGAGCAGAGAGGAGAUGGAAAAGGAUCCAGUGGGUGUGACUGAUGGAACAGAUUCAGCCUGGAGCAUCAGAGAUCAGCUUUCUGAACGGAGAUCCAGAAACACACAGGACUCAGAGAUCAGCCUCAGUUUACUUUGUUACACUGACACUCAAGAGAGUGUGUGUGACAGUCAUGAAUCUACUGAUCAAAUCUCCACAGAGUCUUUGGGUUCAGACUGUAACGCUGAAGAAGAGCAGACACCACUUAAGAUGUGCUCAGUGAAGCUAGAGGACUGCAGGAACCUAACGGAGAUGAAAAGAGAAACCACAGCUGAUGAAGAACUAAGCGAUGAUGAGAGUCAUGAGAGUCCAUACUGGAGAGAAGCCUUUCCUGUGCCCUCAAUGUGGAAAGAGUUUCAGUAUUAAACUAUAUCUUAAGAAUCACCUGAAAAUUCAUACUGGAGAGAAACCGUACACAUGCCCUGAGUGUGGGAGGAUUUUCUCACAAAGAGGACACCUUGACACGCACAUGAUAUCUCACACCGGAGAGAAGCCUUAUACGUGCAAUGAGUGUGGAAAGAGUUUCACACGCCAAGGAAGACUUAAUAUUCACAUGAGAACUCACACUGGAGAGAAGCCGUUCACGUGCCCUCAGUGUGAGAAGAGUUUCAUUGGUAAACAUUACCUUAAGGAUCACCUAAAAGUUCACACUGGAGAGAAACCGUACACAUGCACUCAGUGUGGGAAGAGUUUUGCGCAUAAAGGAAUCCUUAAUGUGCACAUGAGAGUUCACACCGGAGAGAAACCGUACACCUGCCUUGAGUGUGGAAAGAGUUUCACACGGGCAGAGAGCGUCAAAGAUCAUCAUCUACAAAUUCACUCUGGAGAAAAGUCAAGCUGUGAUCAGUAAAACACAAUUUUGGGUUUAGGACUUGUCAGUA